AUGAAUACUGUUGGAUUCUUUAUCUUUCAAUUCGAUUCAAAGGAGGGCAUGACCCAAGUGUUGGAAAAGGGACAUUGGAUGAUCUGUUCCACUCCUAAUUUUUUAAAUGAAUGGACACCAAAUGUCUCCUUGGUAAAAGGAGACAUGACAAAUGUUCCUGUUUGGAUAAAGCUUUAUGAUGUACCUCUUGUGGCAUAUACUAAGGAUGGAUUAAGUAUGUUAGCCUCUAAACUAGGAAGACCAGUUUUGUUAGACUCUUAUACGAGUCAUAUGUGCCUUCAAUCAUGGGGGCGACACUCCUUUGCUCGGGCUUUGAUUGAAUUGGGUGCUACUAAAGAUUUUAAGGAUUCAUUGAUAGUCGGAAUCCCCAAUGUUAAUAGGGAGGGUUUCACCAAGCAAGAGGUAUCCAUUAAGUAUGUAUGGUGUCCUCCUCAUUGCAAACAUUGCAAGGUUUUUGGCCAUGAAGACUCUUUUUGUCCUUUGCAAGCCAAACCGGUCCCUGUAAAGGAUACUCAGCCAAAUUAG